CGUCAACCACCCUCAACCACCCCCAGCAUCACCCAACAUGUCCCGCCCCGACGAAGAGGAACUCGUAGACUACGACGAGGCCGCCGAGGAGGUCAUCGCCCCCGCCCCCACCGCCGCCGCCACCAACGGCGACAAGACUGACGCCGACAAGAAGGGCUCCUAUGUCGGCAUCCACUCCACCGGGUUCAGGGAUUUCUUGUUGAAGCCCGAGCUCCUUCGAGCCAUCUCUGACCUCGGUUUCGAGCAUCCCUCUGAAGUGCAACAGGAGUGCAUUCCCCAGGCCAUCCUCGGUACAGACGUCCUCUGUCAGGCCAAGUCUGGUAUGGGUAAGACUGCCGUCUUUGUCCUCGCCGCCUUGCAGCAAAUCGAACCGGUAGACGGCGAAGUAUCCAUCGUCAUCCUCUGCCACACCCGUGAACUCGCCUACCAAAUCAAGAACGAAUUUACCCGUUUCUCCAAAUUCAUGACCAACGUCCGCACCGGCGUAUUCUACGGCGGCACCCCCAUCUCGGCCGACCAAGAGCUCUUGGCCGAUAAGGAAAAGUGCCCGCAUAUCGUCGUCGGCACCCCCGGCAGGACGAUGGCGCUCGUGAGGGAUAAAAAGCUGAAUGCGGGGAAAGUGAAGCACUUUGUGUUGGAUGAGUGUGACAAGAUGCUUGAACAACUUGACAUGCGCCGAGACGUGCAAGAGAUCUUUAGGGCGACUCCCCACCACAAGCAGGUCAUGAUGUUUUCGGCCACACUUUCCAAGGAUAUCAGGACGACUUGUAAAAAGUUUAUGCAGAGUCCCCUCGAAAUCUACGUCGACGACGAAACCAAACUCACCCUCCACGGUCUCCAACAGUUCUACCUCCAGCUCGAAGAACGCGAAAAGAACCGCAAACUCAACGACCUGCUCGACAACCUCGAGUUUAACCAAGUGUGCAUCUUUGUCAAGAGCGUGCAGCGGGCGACGCAGUUGGACAAGCUUUUGCAGGAGUGUAAUUUCCCGAGUAUUUGUAUUCAUUCGGGGUUGCAGCAGGCUGAGCGAAUUUCGAGGUUCCAGCAGUUCAAGGCUUUCGAGAAGCGUAUCCUCGUCGCUACCGACAUCUUUGGUCGAGGUAUCGAUGUGGAGCGAGUCAACGUCGUCAUCAACUAUGACGCCCCCCUCGACGCCGACUCGUACCUCCACAGAGUCGGCCGUGCCGGCCGAUUCGGCACCAAAGGUCUCGCCAUCUCGUUUGUCUCGACCGAACCCGAUCAGGAGGUGUUGAAAAAGAUUCAAGAGAGGUUUACGGUCGCUAUCCCGACGUUGCCAGAGACGGUGGACCCGGCUACUUAUAUGACUUCAUAAAAAGUGGACGUUGUUGCGCUUUUGGAGAUGUGGUUGGAGUUGUGUUUGGAUGGGAUGGGAUGGAAAUCCGAAAGGAGGAAGGAGGAAGAGGAAGGGGGCGGAGGAGGAGGAGGAGAAAUAUACAUAACAGAAAAAUCACACUUCGUUCGUUUUUCAAAACAUUUUUUCUCAAAAACCCAUUCCUCUGUGUCUCUGUGUGAAUACAGAACAAAAAAAGGAAAAUCGUUUCGUUUCGUAGUUUUCAUAACAGAAAAAAGACUUUUUACCAUGCAAAUGACAAGAAAGAUGCAUGCCCCCUCCCCUCCUUUCCA